CUUUCUUACCACGGCUGCGAUAAGUCACUUGGAUCUCCUUUCGGACCGUCUUCCCUUUCUGUCCUCAGCCUCCUCACUUCCUCUUCCUCUCCUCGUUCCUCGCAGACCGUCGUCCGUAAACACGUCGACACCCGGCUCCAAGUCAUUGUCACCUCGCGCUUCCGGACCCUCGGUACGCCAGCGACGCAAGACAGAAAAACGACAUGGUCAAGGCGCUUGCGCAUCGCAAUCUUGCAUCAACCGUCGUUAUCGCGACGACCCAAAAUCGAUACUGAGCACACGACAACCCAACAGCUCUCCCUCUACGGAGGCGGGGGUCUGCUCAUACUGUCCAGCAGCAUGAUAUUACCGCGCAGCUUAUACAACGACUCACCACCAGAGCCCCGCACCCGUGCUACCAACAACCCGACUCUCCUCUACAGCUGGUGGUGCACUAUCUUCUCCCUCGUCAUCAUAGGCUUCCGACUGUCUGGGCGCUACAUUCGAAAUGAACGACUCUUCCGCGAGGACUGGAUCACGUUAUGGAGUACGCUUCCGCUUAUAGCACGCAUGGGAUUUGUGCAUGUCGUCCUCAUCUACGGCACCAACAACGUCAAUACCAGCCAUUUGACAGACCCCAUCAGAAUUCGGCAUCGCGAGAUCGGCUCGCAGAUGGUCCUCGCAGCGAGGAUCUUCUAUGCGCUCUUCAUCUGGAUGGCCAAAUUCACAGUUUCCGAAUUCUUGAAACGUCUGACAGAACGCUUUUGGAAAAAAGGCUAUGAGUGGGGUUUGCGCUGCAUACGUAUCUUUCUCGUCGUUACCUUCAUCAUGGUUGUAAUCGCCACGUUUGCCGAGUGUCAGCCAGUUGACCACUACUGGCAAGUCAUACCAAGUCCAACACCCGAAUGUCGACAAGGCUAUGCGCAACUCCUUACCAUGGGUAUCGCCGACAUGAUAACGGAUAUUCUCCUAGUUGCCUUCCCCAUCCCGAUCAUUGUUCGUUCUAAUAUGAGCAUGAAGCGCAAGGUCUCACUCGUCGCGCUGUUUUCCUUAUCGAUCGUUCUCAUCGCCAUUACUGGAGCUCGGAUGCCCAUGGUCAUCAAUAGAAGUGGCCUUCAACAAUUCCGUACAGUCUUCGCCUCUUCCGAGAUUCUUGCGGCCACCGUCGUUUCCAACGCUAUCAUCCUAGGGUCGUUCCUGCGUGAUAGGGGUGUCAAGAAAGCCAAGUUCAAGGCACCCUCAACAUGUGACAGCAUAGAACGUAGGGGCUCAAUGCGACGCUACACUGCUCGACAAUGGGGCAGUGAUGAAGACCUUGCGCGUUCGCUUGGUUACCGGACGAAGCCAGAACUCGCAGACAAGACAUCAAGUGUACCGAGACCGGCACCUGUUGCUGAUCUGGACCUUCUACCACCCAGCAGGCAAUCCGGCCCUUUUGCAAACAACAACUGGCAGUUUCCUAGCCAAAACGGUGGUGUACAACCAUGCAAUUCGAACACCAGUAUGAAAAUAACAGACAUUCGAGACCCAAUGCCAAGUCCACGUCAUGGCAGGCGAGUGUCGUUCUUCGACGUCGGUGGCCUUCUUGAAAAUUCAGUCUCAGCUCCCUCACCUACCGACUCGGUCGUCGCUCACGACUUUGCGCCUCACCCUCGGCGAGGUUCAAGAGCCUCCACCCUCAUGAGUAAUGGCCGUGCCUAUCCCCCAGCAGUACGUCGGUCAUCGCGUCUUUCUCAGCAAUCUGAAGACCACGAGUUAUCCAUACGACCAAGCAAUCAAUUACAGGAUAUUGGCGGCUUCCUUUCGGAAGACCAUGAGCUCGCAAUGGAGGCAGAAGAGCAGGCGUCCUCGUCGCCACAUUCUGUCUCUCCAACUAGCUCUCCUCCACAAACUGGACAGACUGCGCCGGUACAUCGUACUUUGACGCAAACCAGCUACGAUGCUCCAUCAUUGCAAGAUGCAGGUGGCCUCCUCCUUCCACGGCCAUCGAUGUCUAUACAGAGCAAUCCCACCCAGCCCAACUAUGAUGCCCCAUCCCUACAGGAUGCAGGCGGUCUCCUUUCGUCGUCUCCACAUUCGAAACAUUUUCCUCUUGCGUGAUACCCCUGUCCACCUGUGGACCUUUUGUCUUUUUGCAUAGCCUGCCUGUCUCUCCCUGUAUUUUAUAUUCCUUGUUCAUGAUAUCCCCAAAUGGUUGGCGUUGACGGGUUCAUGUUUUACGUGUCACGAUGUGUCCAGAAGUGGGCGGGAUUGUUCCCUUCGAGGAGGUGUUGGGCCUCAGGAUUUGGCUUGAAGGUAUCUAGGAGAAUAUGGGUUGAUGGAUUACUACGUCGUUUCUAUUGUGUUGAUACAUGAAGUUUAUCGCUGAUACAAUGGCUUUGGAAAUAAUAAGUUCUUGGACGAACAAUGUAAUAUCAAUUUUUUAUUAUUUCAACUAAUACUU